AGCUCGAUUGUCGAUGUUUCCACUGAACCAACUGAACCAACAACUGAAACAACAACCGAACCAACAACUGAACCAACAACUGAACCAACAACUGAAACAACAACCAAACCAACAACUGAACCAACAACUGAACCAACACCUGAAACAACAACCGAACCAACAACUGAAACAACAACCGAACCAACAACUGAAACAACAACCGAACCAACAACUGAACCAGCAAACGAACCAACAACUGAACCAACAACUGAAACAACAACCGAACCAACAACUGAACUAACAACCGAACCAACAACUGAACCAACAACUGAAACAACAACCGAACCAACAACUGAACUAACAACCGAACCAACAACUGAAACAACAACCGAACCAACAACUGAACUAACAACCGAACCAACAACUGAACUAACAACCGAACCAACAACUGAACCAACAACCGAACCAAAAACUGAAACAACAACUGAACCAACAACUGAACCAACAACUGAAACAACAACUGAUCCAACAACUGAACCAGCAACUACUGAAACUGAUCUAAGAAAUGAAUUGAAGAAGACUAGCCCAAACACUGAAUCACAUUUGGUAAAUAUUUGA